AUGGUGUAGCAUUAACUUCCUUCUUUGUUUACAGCUAUUCUCUAUUCUGAUCUAUAACCUUUCUCUUCAGAAAUACUUUCAAUUACAUUGUUAGAUAAAGCAAAUGUAAAAAUCUCUAUAAAGUAAUUUGCUUAAAAGGCUAUGUUAAAUUUAAAUAAAUUUAAAAAGUAUUUCCAUAAAAAUAAAUAAAAAGAUGUAAGAAAUAAUCCUAGAAUUUAAUAGAGAGUGUCAUAAAUUAAAUAUAUAUUCCAAAAAAGUGAGAAUUUAAGAAGGUAAUUAUAAAUUCUAUUUAAAUUAGAAAUUAUAAAACAAUUGACAAUGAAGAUUUAAUUACAAUGGCUGAAAGAAAAUUUAAAGAAAUGAAUAAUUUUUUUAAUUAAUAUAAUGACAUGCUUGAAUAAAUGUAAUCUUAAUAAGUAGUAUUGGUUGAUUUGAAUACACCAAUAAUUCAAUCAAUUUAGAAAAAUAAUACCGUGAUAUUUGCCAAUGAUGUCAGAAACAAAGAAGAUAAAUAUUUUGAAGAACUGAUUGACUCUUAAUCUCAAUACCAAUUAUUAAUGAAAUUUAAUAAUGAAGAAUGA